GCGUAGCAAGGGUUAUUUGCGGCUUUUCCUCGAAGUCCCGCAGAAACGGAAGGAAUUGUGGAAAAUGGAGGUUGGAAAGCUGAUGCAGCUUUACACGACGGCGGGCGCGUUUUCAGAAAAAGGUAAAAGGAAGGAAAUUAAGGAAUUGGUCGGAAAAGUGAUAAGGAAGAAGAUAGGAGUAAAUGCCAGACAUAAGACGACAGUGUCAGUAAGAUAUGAUAGGGAUAUAAAAAAGAGGGAGGUAAGAGCAGAGUUGCAAAAGUGGAUUAGUGAGUCGAAGGUACAUGCAGCAGUAAAAGGGGUGCUGAAGAGGCGUGCGCGGGUAGUGUGGAAAAGGAACAGGACCGUAGCAAACAUACUGUGUAAUCACAUAGCGGCAGCAAAAAGUGAAGAGGGGGAAUGCACGUGCGCAAGGUACGAUUUACCACGGGCGGAGGGACAUGUGGUCGCCAGGAUUGCUCAGGUGCCAGGGGUAAAGGAGCUAAUUUGCAAUGGCAAAAACAUUACGAGACCGACUCGGGGAACGGAGGGGAGAGAACUGGGGGAGAGAAUCUUUACAGCACUGAAGGCAGCAAUGUGGGAUCAUGUGGACAUCCAGCAACAGGACAUUCAGGUGGAGAGGUGCUAUGUGCAACAGACUCACGCAAGUUCCGCAAUUACGGAAGAAGAGGUCGCAGAGGUUAGGAAAAGAUAUGGGCAUUUGGUAAUCACGCCGAUGGACAGAAACGCAGGGGAGAUAGUUCUGCUUUGUCCGUCCACUUACCAGCAUGCACUAAAGAAGAUGUUCAUCUACAACGGUGCCUAUAGGCAGGAGGAAGUGAAUGAGAAGGAGGCUAUGGCGGCAGCGAGGGACGACUACAAGAAGGCUAGACUGGAAAAGAUAGCAGAAUGGGAUAGAAAGGGCAAGGUGGGCUGCGCGGAGCCGACCAAGACGGGGAGCAGGAGGGUAGCAAGGGCACUCAACGUCCUAUUGGCGAGAUUGCCAGAGGCUACACACUUCAACAUGGGGGUGACAACGCAUCUAAAGGAGAAGCUCACGCAGGUGGAGAGGAGGUGCAACAGUAAGAAAGGGGAGGCGAUGGUACUGCUGCGAAGUUAUGACAUAAAGGAAAUGUUCACAUCAUUACCGCACAAUGCGAUCAGGAAUGCAGUGGAUUGGCUGCUACAGGAAUGGGAAGCGAGGGGAAGGGAGAAAGUGAGUGUGAGCAGAAGAGGGAGGGAGGUGGUGAUGAACCAGAGGAGCCGGGGGAAAGGGUAUGUGCAGAUAUCUUUCCAGCUCAUAAGGGAGUAUGUCAAAUUUGAACUGAACCACACAUAUACAACAUGCAGGGGGAGGUUGCUGAAACAGAUCAUAGGAAUACCAAUGGGGAAAAACUCAAGUCCGCCAUUGGCGUGCAUCCUAUGCGCUAGGUAUGAGACGAGGUUCAUGAGGUCAUUGGGGAAGGACAGAGCGUUAUUUCAAGGAAUCAGUUUCAUGGACGACGUUACGACAGGGGUACUGGUGGACAAAAGGAAUGAAGGCUCUUUCCGCAAGGCAGAGAGGAUAAUGGAGGCGUUCGAGGAAUGCUAUGGAAGGAGACUCGUGCUGGUAAAAACAGAUGAAGGAGGCAACACCAUCGACUUCAUUGGCACAAAGGUUACAGCAACAGCGGGUCCAAUCAGAUUCCUGAUCACACCGCAACUGAAGAAUCAGGAGACCAUAAUCAACAGGGACAUACCGUUCAAGAGUUUCCAGGAUUACCACUCGUACUCGGACAAGAGGGCGAAGUAUGGCGCUAUCAUCGGCACGCUACACAGAAUCAGGCGCCUGACGAAUGCGGGCAGCGCAGUGAUCCAAUCAAUUAUGGCCAUGCGGCUCGAACUUCGACGCCGGGGGUACCCCCCGACGUUCUUCGCAUCCGCCCUAGCAAAAUUCGCCAGGGGAACCAUCGUGAGCGAGGACUCAUGGAGGACGCUCCUCGACAGCAUGAUGGUAAAGUACGACAGGCGGGUACAGUCUGAGGGGAAGAGGGGACGAAGGUAGGAAAGGGAGGUGAAUAGGUAAGUAAUGGGAAGGUACUAGGCUAUAGGGGGAGGGGGGAAGGUUUGAGUCGACGUACCCUUGUAUUUAUAAAUAAUAGGAGUACCCUGUAAUUUGUUGUAAAUCCGUAAUUCCGUUUUUGCGGACGCGGUCGGUUUUCGAAAAUACGGGGGAAGGUAGUUCGGAGGAAACGGGAAUACUUCCCGCAGAGCAACGGAUUGUUAGACAACGUAGCAAAGGGUGCGCAUAAUACUGGAUCGGCAAGACCCGGAGAAAGGGGAAAUACGGCACACAUGGGUGGAUAUAAUCAGGGCAUUCAGACGCGGAAGUCCACCGGGAUACAGUAUGGCAAUACCCGC